AAUACAUGUACGAAUACAUUAUUUUGCUUGGUAUUUGUAUUUGUUCAAUUGAAAACCAGAAUAAUCAAACUGAAGUCAAAUUAUAUCAGUAUAAUAAUCGGAAUGUGUAAAUAAUAAAAUGGCAGCACCGGUGUUUUCACACUUUUAGAAAAAUUCCAAAGAACUAAGUAAAAAGGGUUGAUAAAACUCUCAUGAACUGUAUUUGUGGCGAAAUAAAGAUGUGAGAAGAGUAAAUUUGUUAACUCCAAAGAACUGAUUAGGAUGGACAAAAAAGCUUUACUUAAACGCUACUAUGCCAGUGAAGGGAUUGAUCCUCAUAGUGCUGGGCAACAGGAUGACUAUGCACCAGCUCCAAAAGUGCCAAAGAUUGAACACCCUGGAUUUGGAAAUUUUCAAUCUUCUGGUCAUUUAUCAGAUUCCUCGAGUGAUGAUAAUGAAGAAUCAGAUGAUGCAGUAGAUGGCAAAGACACAGUAGAUUCUGAUGAGGAUGAUCGUGGGCAUGUUGGAUUUGGAGGCAUGCAAUCAAAUGAUGUUAAAUAUCCUGCUAUGGCUCAAGGCUUUGUAAACACACAGAAGAAAGAAGCCAAAUACAGUGACUUUGCCACAAAGAUGAUGUCCAAGAUGGGUCACGAAAAGGGCAAAGGUCUUGGUAAAAGGCAAGAUGGUCGUGUUGAUAUUGUAGAAGCUUCCAAUCAACGAGGCAAGAGAGGUUUGGGACACAAAAUACAGAACUUUGAAGCUCGCUCAGAUUUACAGUGGAACUUCGAAAAAGAAGAGGUGACUACAGAGGAAGUGGUUGAAUGGCUACCACAGUACAGAGGACCCCCUCCCUCAACUAACACUCUCAAUUCUUGGAUGAAGAUAGCGCCAGUCAAGCUAACCAUCAAUGAUGAAACAGAAUUCUGCAAUCACCAAGUUCUGCAAGAUGUUCUUCAUUGCAAGAGUUUGUUUGAUGAGCUUGAGAGUGCGGAAAUGAGAAGGGCAAGAACCAGAUCCAAUCCUUAUGAGACUAUAAGAGGUGUCUUUUUUCAAAAUAGGGCUGCCAUGAAGAUGGCCAACAUUGAUGCUGUGCUUGACUUUAUGUUCACUAAUCCCAAAGAUAGUCAAGGAAAAUGCAUCAUCCCUCCCCAUGAACUGCUGUAUUUCGCUGAUAUUUGUGCGGGUCCAGGAGGAUUCAGCGAAUAUGUCUUAUGGAGAAAACAUGGAGAUGCAAAAGGAUUUGGGAUGACCUUGAAAGGUCCAUGUGAUUUCAAGCUGGAGGAAUUCUUCGCUGCAUCUCCUGAAAUGUUCGAGGCCCAUUAUGGUGCUGGAGGCCUUGAGGGAGAUGGAGAUGUUUUCAGAGAGGACAACCAACAGGCUUUCAAAAAGUUUGUCAGAGAGAGUACAGAUGGGAAAGGAGUCCAUUUUGUAAUGGCAGAUGGGGGAUUUUCAGUUGAAGGCCAGGAAAAUAUUCAAGAAAUUUUAUCCAAGCAACUCUAUCUCUGCCAGUGUUUGUGUGCAAUGUCUAUACUAAGAACAGGUGGCCACUUUGUGUGCAAGCUGUUCGAUGUGUUCACCUUGUUCAGUGUUGGUCUGAUCUACCUAAUGUAUCGGGCCUACGAUCACGUCAGUAUAUUUAAACCUGUAACCAGUAGGCCAGCUAACUCAGAAAGGUACAUAAUAUGCAAGGGGCUCAGGGAGGACCACAAGGAUAUUUAUGAUUACCUAUAUAAAGUUAACUGCCAAAUAAAUAAUUUGAAAUCUGCCACUCAAACCAAAGAUGUGCAAGAAAUUGUGCCUUUAGACGUAAUAAGAGAGGACACAGAAUUUUACGACUAUAUUGUCACUUCCAAUGAAUCUCUAGGUAAAAAACAAAGCAUUGCAUUAGGAAAAAUCCAAGCUUUUGCUCAAAAUAAUGAUCUCUAUGAAGAGAGGCAGGCUGAAAUAAGGGAAGAAACGCUCAAAUUGUGGAAGAUCCCAGAUGAGGCUAGGACCAGCAAGACUAAACCAGAGCCUGAUAAGAAGUACCAGGAGUUGAUGAAAGAUGGCAGCACUGGCUGCUUUAAUGCUAACUUCACCUGCCUUAAUCCAAGCAACUUGGGAGAAUGUAUUAAAAGUGUCUUUGACUAUCGCUGUAUGGUAGCUGGGGGCCAGCGACUGUUUUUACUAGGAUUAGGGAGGUCUCAUAUAUUUAAAUGGGAUGGUUUAUCUGGUAUGAAAUGGCGAAGACUUGAUGAUGUAAAACUUGAACUGCCAAAAGAUACACUCCUAGAUGUAGAGAUUGUACAGGAACUACGAGGAGAGGGAAAAGGCCAGCGAAGACAGAUAGCAGUUCACAUUCUAGAUGCAAUAUGCCUGUAUGGAACAGAUAUUAGGAAUAUGCACUUUACAGAGAGGCAGCAGAGAAUUGGCAAAUUUGUGAAAUCCAUCACUAAACCCACUAGAUCAGACCUGGCCCCUCUGAGGGUGAAAGAUAUAUUCCGCUGUGAACAGAUCACCAAAGUCUUUGACAAACUUGAGAUGAAAGUGUGUAAAGGUGGAGGGGUGACCCCGAAACUGUGUUACAUCAGUGGAGAGGCUGACCGAUGUUUCCUACCCACUGGGAUAUACUUCUUUAAGACAGUUAAAGAACCUUGGAUGAUGGCUUACAGCCGUAGUUCUAAUAAGAAAUACUUCUACAAUAGCACAACCAGAGAAUCUGUAUUUGAAACCCCCCAAGAUGGUAUAGCCUCAUACAGUGACUGCCAAAAUAAACUGCUGUUCUGGCCAUGGGGAGAAGGGGUGAAGGUCCAUCCAGGGCAACAGUCAACAACCAAUCCCAACAAAGUUUCCAUGGAAACCAUAACAGACUUUAUCAAUAAACUAUUGCCAAGGUGACAAAAGUCAUAUAUGAUGGAAAGCAACAGAAGAUGAUGUGAAAUCGAAUCCGUAGCCAGUGGGGGUGUUCAGGGGGUUUGAGCAACCACCACCCCAGUCAAAAAUUCUUUCAAAAUCAUUCAUUUUUCACCAUUUUUGAGUUAUUUUCGAGUGAAAUUGUACCAAAAUUGUAAAAUGUAAAUCCCUCUUGGAUUUUUUUUAAAAAACUGACCCCCCUGGCAAAAGCUGGCUACGUGGUAAGACAUUAUCAGUGGGGGAAGUGCUACAUUUUUUCCAUGUAUAUCAAAUACUGCAG